UAUUUGAAAGUUCUGAACAGUUAACAUACUGUACGUACACACCUAGUCCUUACAAAUGGUGGGGAGUGUGGCAGGCUCCGGCCUCAGUGAUGACAUUAUAAAUGGCACAGUUACUAAUUUGGGAUAGGCGGAGUUCUUGGAAUUAUGACAUUGGUAGAUGGGAACUCCUCUAGUGCAUGAAGCGUAUCAGAUGUCACAGCUGUCUAAAACAUGAUUCAGCGCAAUUUACUUCAGGGCUGCCUUUGUGAAGUGUUGCAUGUGAUUUCUUAAACUGCCCGCAUAAGGUAUUUUGCAAAGGCUUGUCUUCCCAAGGUCGGCCGGUAUCACCUGGUGAAGCCAGGUGGUGGGCGGGAUAAUAACCCCCAGAGUCCCGGGCCCGGAUGACUUGCUCCUGCUGCAAACACUUUCCACUUUCCACACGACCAUGAACGAGGCUUUCCAGUUUUUAUUAUACACCGUGGAGAAAGGCGGAGCGUCGUCCUGUCACGUUCCACACAGAGGCUCCGUCCUGCCUUGCCUACUCCUGAAGCACAUGGGAUGGAUGGAUGGGCGGGUCGUCAGCGCGCACAGCUCUCCGCCUCCAAGGCGUUGUGGAAGAAAGGCUUACAGUCGGGAGAAUGCAUUAAGAUGCGAUAAGCAAUAAAUAUGUACAUUUUGUAGACGCAGAGACAGCAAAAUGCGCUAGCAACGCUUGUAUGUAAUGAGGUUUUAGUAGUGGGACCGCUCCGCUUUGCGCACUGGAGCGACACACAGCGCGUCAAAGAAAUAAGAUUUCAGUGGGCGACGCGUGUUUACACAGGAGCUAUCCAAAGCCACGUUUUAGCCAGCAAGCUUGGUUGGGGCGGUACAGUUCAGGACUGUUUGUUUGAGUCAUUGCCCAUGCAAACAGUGGAGGAACAGAGCAGGGAAGCCAACUGUAAUACCUUAAAAGUACAUUUACUUGAAAUCCUUGAAAGAGAUUUGGAUAACAUGAAGUGUUGCAGCGGAUCGACAGGGCGAGCGCAUGUCGUGCACGUAGCUAAUCGCUUCGUUGUAACACUUUCACUGUGAAUGUGGAAACUGUUGCAAACUAAACACAGCUGCCGUUGUUCUCGGUUGCAGGGAAUGGUAGCCUACAUCGGUAUUAUUCCUGAAAGUCGUUUUAGUCCCACAAAGCUGUCAACGAGGUUCGACCGAAACUCUGCUGGGUCGACAUGGAGAGUCGGGAUGAGAAGGAGAGCAGUCCCCCGAAGUCAGACAGGAGGUUCGCCCUAACUUACGUCGGCUGGUCCUCGCUGGACAGGCGGAGCACCCUGCCCAUGCUGCCGUGGCUGGUGGCAGAGAUCCGCAGGAAGUGUGAGAAAGGCAACUGCGGCCCCGCAGCGCAGCCCAGAGAAGUCCAGCUGGUCCUUAAUCCUCCUUUCGUCCGAUGCGUCCCUUCCAACAGCAGCAACUCUUCAGUUUUCAUAUUCGAGCACAAAGCACAGCUCAUCUCUCGCUUCAUUCACAACAGCAAUGACCUCACCUACUUUGCCUAUCUCAUGCGGGGCCAUCCCGACAACCCCGAGUCCGAGAUGUCCUGUCACGUCUUUAAGGCCUGCGACCCCAACCAGGUCCCUGAGGUGAUUAGCAGUAUUCGCCAAGUGUCCAAAUCUGUCCUGACGGAGGAUGCCAAACCCAAACAGGAAGCUGACGAGGCCUUCUACAACUCCCAGAAGUAUGAAGUGCUUUACUGUGGCAAGGUGACAGUUGGGCACAAGAAGGCUCCAUCCACCCUUAUCGAUGACUGCAUAGAUAAGUUUCAUCAGCACGAGGUUGAGCGCAAGCGCCUACGACUCCUCAACGGUCAGCGAGGUUCUGCAGAGAGCACUCCUGUAAAUUUCCUCAUGGGGGGAGAAGGAGACCCACUUUCCUCUGUGCUGAAUGAGAGUGUGGAAGACCCUGAAGUUCCUGGAUUGGAGGACAUGUCCAGAGGUGGAGGUAAAAGCAUCUCCAGCAAUGUCAGCCAAAGCAGCCUGCGUGGAGCAUUCCCCGAGCGCAUCCUGGAGCAUUCUGGAUUUGAGGAGCCUCAGGAGUUUCGUACACGCUGCAGCAGCCUGGCAGGGAGUCUGCAGAGGAACCCAGGAGAAGGUGUCAUGAUGGGUCCCACACGCCGCAGACAUGCUAGUGCACCCAACAACGUUCAGCCUUCUGAUACAGACAAGAACCGCACCAUGCUCUUCCAGGUCGGGCGUUUUGAAAUAAACCUUAUCAGUCCAGACAGUAAAACAGUGGUGCUGGAGAAAAAUUUCAAAGAUAUCUCAUCUUGCUGCCAGGGCAUAAAGCAGACCGACCAUUUUGGAUUCAUUUGUCGUGACCAGUCACAGUCUGGUCCUACUCAGUAUGUGUGCUAUGUGUUCCAGUGUGCCAGUGAGUCCCUGGUGGAUGAGGUGAUGCUGACCCUAAAGCAGGCCUUCACUACAGCAGCAGCCUUACAAAGCAACAAGACCCAGGUCCAGCUAUGUGAAGCCUGCCCCAUGCAUGACCUGCACAAACUCUGUGAGCGGAUUGAAGGUCUCUACCCACCCAGAGCAAAGCUAGCCAUCCAAAAAUAUCUCUCCCAGCUGACUGACAAUGAGCAGGCUGAGAUUUUUGAGCGGGUUCAGAGAUUGAAGCCUGGGUCAGAUCAAGAGGAGAACGAACUGGUGAUUCUCCAUCUCAGGCAGCUCUGUGAAACCAAACAAAAGUCGCACCUUCACAUUGGACAAGCCCCUCAGAACGCAGCGAACAGCUCAUCGGCAGGAGAUGGCACAGCAACGAGCAGUCGCUUUAAACUUGAUGUUCUCAAGAAUAAAGCUCGCUCCUCCCUCACCAGCUCUCUAGAGAACAUCUUUGCAAGGGGUGCCAGCCGAAUGCGGGGCCGGUUGGGAAGCAUGGGAAGCAUUAGCGGUUUUGAGAGGCAGGAUGAGGAAUCUCCUGGUCACUCUCCUCCAGGUUCCCCUCCCGCUUUCCCGGACGAUGACCCGGAAGCUGGCCCGCAGUUUCGCCGGCGUGCCCACACCUUUAGCCAUCCACCUGUGAAGAAACGCAUCUCAUUUGAGGGACAGCUGCCCAACCAGAGCAAACACGCUCCGCUGCGCAGACAACAGUCUGUUAACCCAGAACUGCUGCAGAGCGGCAAUGGGGAAGGCAGGAAGAGGACCUCGUCUGUCUGCAGCAGUGACUCAGUGAGUGGGGGUCUCCCUCCAGCAGCACGCAGGGUCUCCUGGAGACAGAAAAUCUUCCUGACAGUCGCUUCACCCUUGAACAAGCCUUCUGCAUCCAUGCAACACCCAGACCACUUUGAUGGCAGGGAGGUGUUGCCUCUCUCUCCUCGUGCAUUGGACUCAAGUCUGGACCCUUUGGGGCUUCUGCUGUCACCAGCAGGUGGUGACACUCUGUCUGGCGAGAGGCCUAAGAAGACGAGGGCCGACUACCAGGCCCUCUGGAAGACUGCCAUUCAUCAGCAGAUCCUACUGUUGCGCAUGGAGAAAGAGAACCAGAGACUAGAGGAAGCGAGCAAAGAUGAGCUGCACAUCCGGAAGAUGAAGCUGGACUACCAGGAGGUGGGCCAGUGCUCCAAAGAUGCGCAGGCAUCGUGGGAGAGAAAACUGAUAGCUCCAGGCAGAACGACGCUCCCGCAAGACAAGGAGGAGGUGUAUCGUGCACUCUGCCAAGGCGUUCCCAAGAGCAGGCGUGGGGAGAUCUGGUUGUUCCUCUCCCAUCAGCACCGACUACAUCACAGGCUGCCGCAGCGUCAGCAAUCACCAGACACCCCGUACCUUGACCUGCUGAAACGGCUCACUGCACAACAGCAUGCUAUUCUGGUGGAUAUAGGCCGGACCUUCCCCACCCACCAGUACUUCUCAGUCCAGCUGGGCACAGGGCAACUUUCUCUUUUCAACCUCCUGAAAGCCUACUCUCUGCUGGAUACAGAGGUUGGCUACUGCCAGGGAAUCAGCUUUGUGGCUGGAGUGUUGCUGCUGCACAUGAGCGAAGAACAGGCCUUUGACAUGUUGAAGUUCCUGAUGUAUGACCUCGGCAUCAGGCAGCAAUACAAACCGGACAUGGUGCCUCUGCAGAUUCAGAUGUACCAGCUCUCCAGACUGUUACAUGACUACCACCACGAGUUGCACACUCACUUCGAGGAGCACGAGAUCAGCCCGAGCCUCUACGCAGCACCGUGGUUCCUCACUCUCUUCGCCUCACAAUUCCCCCUUGGCUUUGUGUCCCGCAUCUUUGAUUUUGUAUUUGUUCAGGGGACUGAAGCGAUCUUCAAAGUGGCCCUCUGUCUGCUCAGCAGCCAUGAGGGGGAGAUAGUGGAGUGUGACACCUUUGAGAGUAUUGUCGACUACCUAAAAACUACACUUCCAGAUCUCACUCAGACUCAGAUGGAGGAGACCAUUGCAAAGGUAAUGGAUAUGGACAUCUCCAAGCAGCUGCAUGCGUAUGAGGUAGAGUACCACGUCCUGCAGGAUGAAAUGCUAGAGGCAGGACCAGUGCCUGAUGAUUCUGAUCGGCUCGACAAACUAGAAAAGACAAAUGCACAGUUGAAGAAACAGAACAUGGACCUGCUGGAAAAACUUCAGGCAGCACGGCAGAAGAUUCAGACACUAGAGACGAGUGUGGAGAACUUCCUCUCUAGGGAGAGCAACAUGAAGCACAUGAUUCGCUCUCUGGAACAGGAGAGGGCAAGUUACCAGAGGACCAUUGAACGCAUGCGCUCGUGCCUUCCCUCCGAUGCCCUGACAGAUGUGGAGAUGACCCAGAUCAAAACAGGACCCAAUGGGAAAACCAAAGCUGCAGCCAAGAAGCCCUGACGGUAACCAGGGGCCUGGUGCAAAAACAGAGACUGAAGUGGACAAAUGGAGGCUGAUAUAGUGGAAGGCUACUGAGCUCCACAGCUAUUGUACUGCUGCACAAGUGUGGCAACACUGUAAAUGUGUUAUGUCUGAACUUGAGAUGUGCGGAAAGUAUCUGUGUGAUAUUUGUCUGUAGAUAAUAGAGUGGUGGGAGGAUGGUUUCAGUUACAUUAGCAAACAGACGUUUCCAUCAGUGCAUCAAAGCUGUUCUUCUGUCUCAUCUGUUUCACUGCCAGUUUGAAGGUGAGGACAAGAUACACACCAUCCUCCCCUAGUCAGAGCUUUAGGUAAUCCCAGGGAUAUUUUGUAGAUUGAUACAAUGGAGAAAUGUCUCUGCAAAUCUUUUUGAGCACUCCCUGUGAAAAGAAGGUGCCUGGUAGCAGCAAUCCCUUGGACCUUGGGUUCAAGUUACAGCCAUUACCAGUGUGCAAACUCCUGGAGUUGUCACCCAAUUGUUUUUGUUGUCUUUGUUAGUUAUGGAAUCACUGCUUCAAGCUAUUUACAUUGCUUUGUUUUUCAUUUUAUUCACUUGAAAUUGUAGUUUUCCUCCAAAGAUCAUUGUGAUAAUAUUGUCUUUCACCACAGAGACGUGGGUUCACAUCUGCCGUACAAGCCUUUAAUUCUCAGCACAUAUGUAGUUUCUUGCUCGUCACUCAGCACCACACCGCUGCCUUCACAUGAGAGAUCUUUAGUACUUGCGCUUGCUGCUUUUAAGGAGGAAGCGUUUCUUCCAGGCUGUGAGGUUGUCUGCAUUCUCAGUUUCCUGUGCGACUGACCGCAGUGUUGCCUCGAUUUAGCACAAUGCUCAGACACUGAGACAGUGUUAACACUCCCCAGAAACAGAGGUGGAGGAGCGAUGUGAAUGUAUAUGUUUUUGUCUUAAGUCUCUGUAUUCCAUUUUUGUUUUUGACAGAGCUAGCAACUUCAUCCAGCUAUAGUUUGAGACUACAAGCCGCUAUGGCUCAACAUUUCAAGACGACACACCUGCAGUUAUAUUGCCGUUAGUGACAUGGUAAAUUCUAUGUUUGCAGUGAAACUCAAGUGCUUAGCGUGGUAGAGAGACCACAAAGGAGAUAAGCAUACCUUUAAGGCACUUCAGUUUCCUUUUGAGAUACUCUAUAAUAUUUAUAGUGUAUGUACACGCAUACACACAAGCUGUGCAGUGAACUAGCUGACUUGUAUGGGCAGACAGCUCAAAGAGUGUCCCUGGCUCUCUCCUCAGUUUAGUUUUAAGCCCACCUCCAUGUCUGACUUGCCAUUGUCAGUUCUGAUGGAAAGCAAAACAGUCCAGGGCUUGAAUCCGCUUUCUUCAAACACCUGCACAUUAAAGCCAAGGUGAUGUUUAUCUUGGGGGGAAAAAUAAUCACCUACUUACACUGUCUUAUCCAUUUGCCUUGUCCUUGGUGACAGGUUGUGGUGAUUUAAUGUCUGUUUUACUCCCCAACAUUUUUAUUCUCAACAUUCAAGCAAGUAUAUCCUCUUGCACACACUGCAAUAUGCUUAUGUUUAGCAAACCUGUGUCUUUGCAUAUACGCAGAGCAGGUCACUUUUCAAAGUUAGAAGAGCUAAUUCACACAAAGUUUCAAUGGGAUGAUAAAUCAAUCCUGACAUUCUCUGUCAGGAUGAAUUGUUCUAAUGGGAACCGAGGUGACAUUCUAAACGUUUGCGCCAAAACGUCUCAUAAAUGUUGGAGAAAGAGCUGCAACUGAUCGGCAGAAAUUCUCUCAUCAGCUCAGAAGCAUAUCAAAUAAGUCAUUUAAAAAUAUGGAUAUAUAGGAUGUAGUCCCACACAGCUUUCCUGCCUCAUUUUUGCUAUAUUUGGCAUAUUUGCAUCAUAGAAAUUGAACACUGAACCAAAGAUUUGGUUGCUUUUCAAAAAUGGAUUCAUCCAAAAUGCUGUUUAGCAGACUUGUUUACUCAUUGCAAAGUGGAUUUCUUCUUUUUUAAGUGCUGCCAAAAGUUAAUGAUGGCCCUUAUUCUCCGUUUAUCAGAGAUAUGAGCCCAUUUUGUCGAUCUUUUUUUUUUUUUUUUUUUUUGAGAAGGGUCAUCAGGUGCUCUGAGUCCGCACUACUAAAUAGUGUUUGUAGCAGUGUGUUUAAAGAAAAUACUAUCAGCAUGAGGGCUACACAAAGAAACUAUCAUGAAUUCUUCAGUAAACCUUGCCUUGCCUUGCCUUACUAUCAUCUUGCCUUGUUUUGUGUUUACUCAUGUCUUUCCUGUCUCGUUCAGUUCUCCUGAAGAAAUCCUGUUCCCACUACUUUACAAGGUUUUGCUCCACUUCUAGGAAGUAGCUUCAAGUUGAAAUGGUCUCUGUAUGUAGAUGUAUUAUUGUGUAAAGGGCCAAGGUCGGCUUUGCCAGUUUUAGACCGUCCAUUUAAAGACCUUUUAAUAUUUGUACUUUUGUUAAUGCCUUGGGCAAAGAGCACAACAGUUCUGAACUGGGGUGAAAAUCCACAGUGAUAUUGUACUCUUUACUGAAACAUUCAACCUAAUGUAUAUUUCUGAAUUAGUCAUGAAUUAAGUAAAUGUUCACCAGAUGCUUAUUUUCUGAUGAGUGAAAUGCAGUGUUGGUGCAACUAGUUUGAUGAAACCCAAUCAAGUGUAUUUACCUCCUGUGUGUUACAAGUAGCUAUAGCAUAUAGCAACUUUCUGGAUCAAAUGUGAAAGUGCUACACAAUAAAAGACAAGUUGAAUGGAGACAAAAAAAUAAA